AUGCUGAGACAGUCUAAAAUAGUAUCCUCAGUACCCGGCUUUUUACUGAGGUCUUCAAAGAGAACCAUCAGAACAAUCACCGGUCAAUCACUAUCUAAAUCCCUCCAGGAAGCAAAUACUCUCUUUGGAGAUGACAUCAGAAUUCAAGACAAAAUCACUACUAUAACCAAUAUUUUACCAUUAGGUAAAUUGAGGGAAUUUGCUCCUUCGACUAUAACUUUAGGUAUUUUGCAGGCCUCCGACAUUGAAAAGGGUCUAUUUGUUGAUUCACUGAUUGUUGAUCCAUUAUCAAAUGAUAACAAAGUAGCCCAAUUAGUUAGGGAAUUCCGCCAGAAAAAUCCAAACUCAAAUGUAAAACUCAUAAAGGGUAACUGUGAUGAGCAUGUCAGUGGAGGUAUUUUUACGAGUAAGUCCCCAGUACUCGACAGUGAGUUGAGGUUAAACCAAGAUGCAAAAUUCGGGGAUGGGACAUCAAGAUUAUUAAACCGGGAGACAUUCAACAAUAUAUCAUUUGUUGAGGUGAACGACCCUUCUUUCACUCAAAAACUAGACGUUGAGGGGGCUGAGAACCUGGAUUUGAGUAACAGUCAGAAGGACGCUCAAAUCAAGCCGACAGAUAUUCAGAUUUGGAUUUACGUCAAAUCCGAUACAUCUGAUGUUAAUAAAAUAAAUGAUUUACCGUACCUCGUUUUGGUUAAUCGCCCUGCAGCAGAUACUACUGUUGGUGAAUCUCUUGUUGAUGAAUUAGAGAGAAAUAAUUUUGCUGUUGACUUAAAAACGUUAGAGCAUGCAAAUAAGUUAGCCACUGAAAGCGUACACAAUAUAUCCGAAUAUUUAAAGCUAUACCAAAAGUCCAACAUAAACGAGUUACUAUAUACAAUAAAUCGAGAAACAUCGGGAUAUAAACCAUUGAUUUUAUUGUUGCGCAAUCUUAUGAGAGACUUACAUGUAAAAAAAUCUGGUGAUAUCGAAAUAGCAAAGCAACUGAAGGAAGAAAUUGUCGAUUGGACACAGAACGCUCAUUUUGAGCUACAAAGUAAGGUCACCCCAUUUUUGGAAAACGCCAUGUUGAGAAAUUUAACUAAACUCAACCAAUUGAUACUUAAUUCGGGUGACUUGACGCUCGUCAUCUCAAACCUACUAAAUGGUACUAGAGCCCAUCUUAAGAAUGGUUUGUUUGGUAACGAAAUUGAGUGUUAUGGAUCACUAGUUGAAUCCAAUUCGAAAUCACACUACUUGAGAGGAAGAAUAGAUACGUUAUUCCCCGAUAAAAUCAAAAGCCAAGUUGAAAACAGUAAAAUAGACAAUUUGCUGGAAGGACUCAAGGACAAAGUUGCAAAUGAUAAGCUUCCAAGUUUACAAUCCAGAAUAAAUGGAAUCUUAAUCAACGAGUUAUUUGCUUCACCAUUUAUCGUCUUUGUAUUGUCCAAUGUUGGAUAUGUGUACGAUUUUAUCACUUUAAACACAUGUAUGGCAUUGACGGCGUUGACGAUUGCAGUGACGGCAAAUACCUCACAGAAGAGUAUAAUCAAGGUUGUCUCUGAAUUUAAAGAUUGGUAUAUUGAUCAACUUAGGGUGUAUAUCGAUAAGAUGGGUGGGUUGUUGGUUGAAAAGUUAGACCAGAAUAUAAAUGAUUACGAGCUAACGCAAGAGAGGAAACGUACAACAGUGGAGGAAUUGAGGUCAAUAACUUCAGAGAUUGAAAGAAUCGAUAGUCAACUUAAGGUUAACACAGAUACAGAGAAGUAG